AUGGGGCGGGUUGAUGGAAAGCGGGAGAAUGGGGCGGGGCGAUGGAAAGCGGGAGAGUGGGGCGGGGUGAUGGAAAGCGGGAGAAUGGGGCGGGGUGAUGGAAGAAGGGAGAAUGGGGCGGGAAUGGGGCAAGGUGAUGGAAUGCUCCUGCUUUCCAUCACCCCGCCCCAUUCCCCCGCUUUCCAUCAACCCGCCCCAUUCUCCUGCUUUCCAUCACCCCGCCCCAUUCUCCCUCCUUCCAUCACCCCGCCCCAUUCUCCUUCCUUCCAUCACCCCGCCCCAUUCUCCCGGUUUCCAUCACCCCGCCCCAUGCUCCUGCUUUCCAUCACCGCGCCCCAUUCUCCCGCUUUCCAUCACCCCGCCCCAUUCUCCCUCCUUCCAUCACCCCGCCUCAUUCUCCCUCCUUCCAUCACCCCGCCCCAUUCUCCCGCUUUCCAUCACCCCGCCCCAUUCUCCCGCUUUACUUCACCCCGCCCCAUUUUCCCGCUUUCCAUCACCCUGCCCCAUUCUCCCGCUUUCCAUCACCCCUCCCCAUUCUCCCGCUUUCCAUCACCCCGCCCCAUUCUCCCUCCUUCCAUCACCCCGCCCCAUUCUCCCGCUUUCCAUCACCCCGCUCCAUUCUCCCUCCUUCCAUCACCCCGCCCCAUUCUCCCUCCUUUCAUCACCCCGCUCCAUUCUCCCGCUUUUCAUCACCCCGCCCCAUUCCCCCGCUUUCCAUCACCCCGCCCCAUUCUCCCGCUUUCCAUCACCCCGCCCCAAUCUCCCGCUUUCCAUCACCCCGCCCCAUUCUUCCGCUUUCCAUCACCCCGCCCAAUUUUUCCGCUUUCCAUCAUCCCGCCCCAUUCUCCCGCUUUCCAUCAACCCGCCCCAUUCUCCCGCUUUCCAUCACCCCGCCCUAAUCUCCCGCUUUCCAUCCCCAUUCUCCCACUUUCUAUCCCCAUUCUCCCGCUUUCCAUCACUCUGCCCCAUUCUCCCGCUUUCCAUCACCCCGCCCCAUUCUCCCUCUUUCCAUCACCCCGCCCCAUUGUCCCGCUUUCCAUCACUCCGCCGCAUUCUCCCUCCUUCCAUCACCCCGCCCCAUUUUCCCUCCUUCCAUCACCCCGCCCCAUUCUCCCGCUUUCCAUCACCCCGCCCCAUUCUCCUGCUUUCCAUCACCCCGCCCCAUUCUCCCUCCUUCCAUCACCCCGCCCCAUUCUCCCUCCUUCCACCACCCCACCCCAUUCUCCCGCUUUCCAUCACCCCGCCCCAUUCUCCUGCUUUCCAUCACCCUGCCUCAUUCUCCCGCUUUCCAUCACCCCGCCCCAUUCUCCCUCCUUCCAUCACCCCGCCCCAUUCUCCCUCCUUCCACACCCCGCCCCAUACUCCCGCUUUCCAUCACCCCGCCCCAUUCUCCCGCUUUCCAUAACCCCGCCCCAUUCUCCCUCCUUCCAUCACCCCGCCCCAUUCUCCCUCCUUCCAUCACCUUGCCCCAUUCUCCCGCUUUCCAUCACCGCGCCCCAUUCUCCCGCAUUCCAUCACCCCGCCCCAUUCUCCUGCUUUCCAUCACCCCGCCCCAUUCUCCCGCUUUCCAUCACCCCGCCCCAUUCUCCCUCCUUCCAUCACCCCGCCCCAUUCUCCCUCCUUCCAUCACCCCGCCCCAUUCUCCCGCUCUCCAUAACCCCGCCCCAUUCUCCCGCUUUCCAUCACCCCGCCCCAUUCUCCCGCUUUCCAUCACCCCGCCCCAUCCUCCCGCUUUCCAUCACCCGGCCCCAUUCUCCCGCCUUCCAUCACCCCGCCCCAUUCUCCCUCCUUCAAUCACCCUGCCCCAUUCUCCCUCCUUCCAUCACCCCGCUCCAUUCUCCCGCUUUCCAUCACCCCGCCCCAUUCUCCAGCUUGUUAUAG